ACUACGUUGCCACUAAGCUCGAAAACAGCUGAUUUUUUAAUUUAAAAAACGUAAUUUUUCAGCAAAUUGAACAAAAUGUUGGACUUAUUUAGCAUCUUCAGUAAAGGAGGCAUUGUACUGUGGUGUUUUCAGAGUACUAGCGAUAUUUUUUCACCGUCUGUGAACGCAUUAAUCCGAAGUGUGAUUUUACAAGAGCGUUCUGGCAACAAUUCCUUCAACCAUAACGCUCUAACUCUCCAGUACAAGCUGGACAAUGAGUUUGAGUUGGUGUUUGUGGUUGCGUACCAGCGCAUUCUGCAACUGUCUUAUGUGGAUAAGUUCCUCAACGAUGUCCACUUGGAGUUCAGAGACAAGUACAAGAAUGAGCUGCGAGGAGGACGGCAUAUUAUUGACUUUGAUUUCAAGACUGCGUUUGAUAAGAUCUUAAGGGAAUGUGAAAGUUGGGCUAAAUCACAAGCAAAGAUUCCAAAACAAAUGAGAACAUUUGAGGACUCACUGAAGUCCAAGAAGACUGUCGCAUCUAUGAUUGAGAGGAAAGGAGAGGAGAAGAGUAAGAAGUCUGUGAAAAUAGUGGAGAACAAAGCGCUGACAAACGGUAAAGUGGAGGAAUCGCCUGAGAUGGAGGAUGACGUGAUUGCCGCGAACCGCGCGAAGCUCGCCAACAAGCUCGCCAAGAAAGGACAGAAGGAAGUCAAGAAGUCGCCGGGGGCGAAGUCGCCGAAGGCCGAGCGCGUGAAGCAGCCGCGCGUGUGGGCGUUGGGCGGCGACACGCGCGACUUGCGCAGCCUCGACUUCAGCGACGACAAGGACGCCGACCGCGGCGACCUCGACAUCAGCCCGGAUACACACCUGGUGGGCCAGAUGGCAGGCGCCAUCCGCGACUUGGAGGUGGAGUCGGACGAGAGCAGCAGCGAGGAUGACGAGCCUAGCGCGCCGCAGCAGAAGAAGUCUCUCGGUGUUUUCAGCAUCUUCAAAGGUCUGGUGGGCUCGAAGGCGCUGACGGAGGAGGCGAUGCGGCCGGCGCUGGACAAGCUGCGCGACCACCUCAUCGCCAAGAACGUCGCCGCCGACAUCGCCAACAAGCUCUGCGACUCCGUGGCCGCCAAGCUCGAGGGCAAGGUGCUGGGCACGUUCGACAGCGUGGCGAAGACGGUGAAGGCGACGCUGACGGAGUCGCUGAUGCUGCUGCUGUCGCCGAAGCGCCGCGUCGACAUCCUGCGCGACGCGAUGCACGCCAAGGAGCAGGGGCGGCCGUACGUCGUCGUCUUCUGCGGGGUGAACGGCGUGGGCAAGUCGACGAACCUGGCGAAGAUCUGCUUCUGGCUGGUGGAGAACGGGCUGAGCGUGCUGGUCGCGGCCUGCGACACGUUCCGCGCCGGCGCCGUGGAGCAGCUGCGCACGCACGUGCGCCGCCUCAACGCGCUGCACCCCGGCGCCGUGCGCCUGUACGAGAAGGGCUACGGCAAGGACGCGGCGGGCAUCGCGGCCGAGGCCGUCCGCGCCGCGGCCGACGCGCGCGCCGACGUGGUGCUGGUGGACACGGCGGGCCGCAUGCAGGACAACGAGCCGCUCAUGCGCGCGCUCGCCAAGCUGAUCAAGGUCAACGCGCCCGACCUGGUGCUGUUCGUGGGCGAGGCGCUGGUCGGCAACGAGGCCGUGGACCAGCUGGUCAAGUUCAACCAGGCGCUGGCCGACCACAGCUCCUCGGCCGACCCGCACGUCGUCGACGGGAUCGUGCUCACCAAGUUCGACACCAUCGACGACAAAGUGGGCGCCGCCGUCUCCAUGACCUACAUCACCGGCCAGCCGAUCGUGUUCGUCGGCACGGGCCAGACCUACACCGACCUGAAGGCGCUCAACGCGAACGCCGUCGUGCACGCCCUGAUGAAGUAGUCGAGCCCCGUUCUCGUUUCCUCGAUUUCAUCUUUACCGAGAACGACUUUUUUCGAGACGCAUUAUCGACCAGGCUUCCCUACUCCUGUUGCCAGUGUGUUCCCUAAACGACGGUGUCGGUGUGUUUUAUAUAAAUAAGCUUUAAUUAAGAAUUCCAUUCGUCCCCCUUACGUACUUUUAUUCUAUUUCGCCAUUGUCCGUUUCUAUUUCUCCUGUGAGUUUUAUUCCGUGUCGAAACACCAAUCGCGCACUGGCAAUUUUUUUAUGAGGAUCUUAUUAUUCACGAUGUGAGAUGCAGCACAGUUAAGACGACAGCCCGCUAGCUAUUUUAACUAAAAAUAACGGAUUAGUCACGUAUUUAAGCCGAAUUUCAUGAUCAAGGAACACGAAUUGCUUCGAAACUGGUCGAGCAAAAAAUUCGACUUCAAUACGUGAGUUAUCCGUUAUUUUGUGCGUUGCAAAUUAUUUGUUACACAUGAAGACUGAAACCAUAUUUCUAGACUGAGUCUUUAACGUUUGUAAUUCAAUUAGCUUACUUUGUUAUUUUCUACUUCCCUUCUUACCUGAUCUAAAAGUAACUUAAGGUUAAACUCGUAUUGAAAACCGCAAUGUUACAUAUUGUGCUGACAAUUUAUACUAUUUGUGUACAUUCACUUGAAGGAACUAAACUGUGCUACAGCUCGUGCGAUGCUAAUGAAUUUAUAUCCGUUAUAAAUUAUAAUACUUGAUUAUGGAAUUGUUUAUAAUGAAU